AGCUUGACCGUGAGAUGACAAACACUUUCACCACAUUCCUGCAGCUCAUUUUGCUGUGAAGUGUGAACUCACCAGUCACCCUCACCCCCAGCCUUUACUGGUUUGGUCGUGAGUGUGCGCUCACGUCACACCAGUCCUUAUAAACGUUUUUAUCUGCGCAGUGUGAGACCCUUUCUUCAUGUGUGGGUUAGUGAUGAGGACCACUGCCGCUCUGCUCGCCCUCUGUGUUUGGGUGAACUCUGGGAUCCAUGCUCCUCAAACAGGUUCAAAAUGUGGUGUGCCGCAAGUGUGGAACCCAAUGGUUUCCUCUCUGAGGGUGGUAGGAGGGACUGAAGCCAUAUAUGGAUCGCACCCGUGGCUGGUGUCCCUGCAGAAUCGGGGCUCUCAUUUCUGUGGAGGAUCCGUCUUGAGUGACCGCUGGAUACUGAGCGCUGCACACUGCUUCACGUCUUUGUCCAAAGAGUUUCUCAGUGGUGUGAGAGUCCACGUGGGAGAGUUUGACCUGAGAGUGCGUGAUGAGGAGGAGCAGGUCUUUCUGGUGAAGUCUGUCUCGGUCCAUGAGAAGUACAACCACGCUUUGCCGAUGGACUAUGACAUCGCUCUGAUAGAGCUGGAUCAACGCAUUCAGAUGGGAGCUCGCGUCCAGCCGAUAUGUCUGCCUCUACCCAAUGAGAGCAUCCCUCCUCAGGCCACCUGCAUCACGGCUGGAUGGGGCAGGAUAAAGGAAAGGGGGCGUCUUCCUGUGGUUCUGAGAGAGGUGCGCUUGGAUUUGGUGGAUCAAACCAAAUGUAAAUACGUCCUCCAAACUCUGAACCGGAGACCAGCCCGGCCUCAGCCAACCGUCACAGUCCUGUGUGCCGGGCCAGAGAGAGGAGGGAGAGACGCCUGUCAGGGAGACUCAGGAGGUCCUCUGGUGUGUCAGGCGGGGUCAGAAGGCUGUCACUGGGUGGUGCUGGGCGUGACUUCCUGGGGUAAAGGAUGUGGUAGGAGCUGGGGAAACAACAGCAGCCGUCCCCCUUCCAAAAGAGGUUCUCCGGGGAUUUUUACUGACGUCAGGCUGCUGCUGCCUUGGAUCAAGCGCACACUGAGAGAAGCCGAGCAGCAGCGAACAGCGGUUUUAUCGAGACUCUGCAGUGUGACAGACGGGCCUGUGUCUGACAUUAACGGGGUGAUCAAAAAUCCCAGGCUCCCUGCUGGUCACUAUGACAACAACCAGUUGUGUUUGUGGAGUAUCAGGGUUCCUCCAGGUUAUAGUAUUCUGUUGGAGUUUGAUCACUUUGACUUGGAGAACGACUCACGCUGUCAGUACGACCGGCUCACCGUUUCAGUGGGAAGCCAGAGGCCUGUAGGGAUAUUCUGUGGAAGUGUCCCACCCAGUGCAGUUCUUCUAAAUAAUUCCCAGAAUGCCACGCUUCUCUUCUCCUCUGAUAUUAGCAGAACAGGAAGCGGCUUUGUAAUUAGGCAUCAUGCGGUCAAAAGGCCCUCUCAUCCUGGAUGUGGGGCACUUGUUCUGGUUGAGGAUAACGCUUCUAUACACACCCCGAAUCACCCACAGUCCUACAGUAAUAAUUGUGUCCUUCGCUGGGUAAUCCACGCUCCACUGGGUCAUGUAGUUAAGUUGGAGUUUGCUGAUUUUGACCUGGAGGAGUCGGACAGAUGCUUGUAUGAUUCUCUCACUGUCCUGGGAGAUGUUGAAGGAGCAGAGGAGAUAGCCCUGCUGUGUGGUGGCAGCAUCCCUCCUCCUGUCCUGUCCUACAGCAGCAUCAUGGUGCUUCAGUUUACGUCAGACAGCAGCAUCACUCACAGGGGCUUCAGGGCUACGCUAACAUUCAUCAGCACUGCAGACCUUCAUUAUCAGAAGAGAACAGAUGUUGAGGAUCUGCCAGAUGUUUUGACAGCUAAUCGGGAACGUAUGACGUCUUAUGAAGCAGCUGUGCAGCAGUACAGGACCAGAGCUCUGCCUCACCAGGCCGAUGUGGACCAGAGUGUAGAUGAAGGCUACAGCGGUGAAUGAACGGGGCCUGCACAGUAACCUGCUGGAAGGAGGUUACUGUGAAAUCCUCCUGCCUUUCAAACUGCUUCUACUUGGGAAGGCAAACUGGACUUUUUUAGCCAGCUAUCUGUUACUUGUUGCUAUUUCUUAGAAUACUGACAGUUGAAGCAUCGUACUGGCAGCUUAGUUUAUAUAACUUUAGGAUUUGCUGCACACCAUUUUGUAUUCUUGCGAUUAUCGUACCCUGAAAUAUUAAAGAUGGGAAAAAAUCUAAUUAAAUCAUUUGACUUUUUGACAAGUCACUGAGUUGAACUGAAUGAAAUGAUUGUAACACUGUAACUGUUAAUGGGCACAAAUAAAACUGCCUCAUCAUCCUAAGAUUAGUGUUGUAUGGAUUUUUAGCAAUACUGCAGAGCUACUGAGGAUGACCGUGUCGGUCUGUCAACACCAUUUUUGUAGAGACUAAAACAUUUGAACUAAUAGAUCUAGAGUCACAUUAAGGUUGACAUUUGUGGACCUGAGUGAAAUGUUAAUAACAUGUAAAUUCAUUAACACACGUUUGAAUUUUAAAAACUUUGGUAGUAUUCUAUUUUUUUCACGUUCAACCAGCUAAUCUCAUACAGGCUGCAGUAUGUGCACAACCCACUUCCACCCCAGCUCCAUCUUUCAUGCUGUAUCUGACUUAAUGCUA